GCUGCUGCCAUUAUUAGUACUAUAUACUGUUAUUAUACUGGUAUUAUUAUAUAUAUUCUUCUUCUUCUUAUAUAUUAUAUUAUGUAUCUGUAUCUAUCAUCAUCUGACUUUCAUGGAAUAUUUCUGGUCCUCUGCGCCUCCUGGUGGAGACGCGUCUCCUCAUCAUCUCAUUGUGUGUCUGUUUAUGUAGUCGUUGUGUAGUUGUUCUGUGUUGUUGUGUGGAAGUAAUACUAAAGAUCGAGUCCCUGCUUCUUCGUGUUUCUUGGCGGUGUCAAUAAAACAGUGAAAUACAGUACUACUCCCUAAUCAGUCAGAGUCUAAUUAUACUAAUGAAUUAUUAGUAGUAGUAGUAGUAUCACCAUUGGCGUGUAAUUAGUCAUCCCGACCAACAGGGGCGCUGAAUCCCAACGGGCAGCGUAGCCCUACUGAGCAUGCGCAUAACCACCUACCCGGAAGUGUAACUAGUAAACAAGGUACCAGCUGAGAGGAGCUUUCCCCGUUAUUCCUCCGUUAUUCCUCCGUUAUUGCUCCGUUGCCAUCAUGUCAAAGAUCGAGAUGCUGCGGCUGCUGAUCGUCCAGCGCCUCACCGAGGCGGCCGAGGAGAUCUUCGGGGUGUUCGGGAGGACCAUCGCGGAGUACGAGGAGGAGAUCUCCCGGUCCAAGCUGGAGCUGGACCGCCAGCGCCGGAUGCUGGACCUGAGCAUGAAGCCCCGGAUCUCCCUGCAGGACCCGGGCUCAGGCUCCUGGUCCAGAGGUCAGAGGUCAGGGGAGAGACGUGAGGGGUCAGAGGUCAGCACGAAGCCCCGGAUGUCCCUGCAGGACCACGGCUCAGUCUCUGAGCAGCAGGAGUGGAGCUCCAGCCUGGACCUGAGUGAAGAGCCACCCCCUCACAUCAAGAAGGAGGAAGAGGAGGAGAAGGAGGAGGAGGAGGAGGAGGAGGAGCAGGAGGAGGAGGAAGAGGAGCAGUGGUUGGAUCAGGAGGAGGCGUCUCACAGGUCGGAUCAGAACACCACCAGCGUCAUGUUGUUCCAGAGCAGCAGAGCCCCAACGCAGCAGGAAGACGAACCCAUGACCUCCUCCCUCCACAAGUUCCAGGACCCUGAAGACCCGGAGCUGGGCCCCCAGCCGGGAACCUCGGGUCAGCCCCCCCGCCCCGACCUCAUGGAGGACAAAGCCGAUGCUCCGGAUCCGGUUUUAUGUAACGGUCUGCACGACUGCGUGGAGCUGGAGGUGCCGCCGCCCGAGGUGGUGGACUCGUACAUCUGCACCAUCUGCGGCCGGGCGUUCGCUCAGCGCGGCCACUGGGCCAAACACGUCCAGGUCCACCGCAAAGCCGAGGCCAAGGUCGACAAGUCGUACACGUGUGACAUUUGCGGGAAGAGGCUGACGCGGUUCGACGGCUACCAGAAACACCUGAGGAUUCACACGGGAGAGAAACCGUACUGCUGCAACGAGUGCGGCCGCAGGUUCAGUGACAACUCCAACUACAAGCGCCACAUUCGGACACACUGGACUCAGAAAGCUCCACAGAGCUGAGGCUGUUUCACCACAGCUCUGCUCCCGGUGUCAAACUGUUUCACUGUUACUUUCCUAAAAGCUAAAUCCUUUAUCCGUGCCAUUAUGGGACUCCUCCCCCAACACUCUUAACUACUGAUCUCCUGAAAUACCUCCAGAGCCUGACAUCUGUUAGGACUCCUGAACACCUGGGAAGGAUUCUGCAAACCCUUCACUGAUGGCUUCAAGUCUUUGAUUUGUCUCUAAUGAUCUAAAGACACAUUUAUAUUA